AUGGACGGAAACGUGUCAGACGACGAAGUACCCAGCCUCGUCCAGCCAGAGACCGACACCAAAGUCAUCGAUGACCGGGAUGAAGAAAUACCCAACCUUGUGACUAGCUCGGACGAUGCACCUCAGAGCAAAGUGCCCAUCACCAUAGUCACAGGAUAUCUUGGUGCGGGAAAGACGACCUUGCUGAACUACAUCCUAACUGAGCAGCAUGGAAAGAAGAUUGCCGUCAUUCUGAAUGAGUUUGGUGACUCGAUUGACAUCGAAAAGCAGCUCACCGUCUCUGAUGCCAACUCUACAUCUGCCCAGCCGGCGCCUUUUGUGCCAUUAGCGAACGGCUGUAUAUGCUGUUCCGUCAAGGAUAUCGGUGUGGCAGCCAUCGAGAAUCUAAUGGAGCAAUCCGGACUAUUCGACUACAUUCUUCUUGAAACGACCGGUCUAGCAGACCCCGGGAACAUUGCACCUAUGUUCUGGCUCGACGAUGGUUUAGGCAGUAGUAUCUUCCUAGAUGGCAUUGUCACACUCGUCGACGCGAAGAACGUCCUGAAGAGCUUGGACGAGGGGCUAGGCGAUGAAGAGAACAUCGAAGAGAGAAAGAAAGCGAACCAUGACGAACAUGGCCCGCUGUUGACAACAGCACAUUUGCAAAUCAGCCAUGCAGAUGUAAUCAUUAUCAACAAGACCGACCUAGUUUCCGAGCAAGAACUACAGCAAGUGACCGAGCGAAUCCGAUCCAUCAACGGCCUCGCUCGUAUCAAGACAACAACUAAAAGCCAAGUUCCUCAACUCGAAGGACUGGUACUAGACCUUCACGCCUACGACGAAGUCACAGAUGCGGAUCUAAAGUUCGCAAGCAAGGGACACAGCCACCUCGAUCCAACAAUCACCACUUCAACCAUCUCCUUCCCUGCCUUGACACGUGAUCAAGUCGACAAAUUUGAUCUCUUUCUUCGCACUAUCUUAUGGGAAGAAACACUGCCUGCCGAAACUGAACACAAGUCCUUUGAAAUUCAUCGCCUAAAGGGCCGCGUCCCCGUCAAGGACGGCAAAAUACUUCUUACGCAGGGUGUAAGGGCUAUCUACGAUACGAACGAGUUUGACGCCAAGGCGGAAGAUGGGAACGAGGAAUCGAAAUUGGUACUGAUCGGAAGAGCUGUAGACCAAGAGGCGUUUAGACAGAGUUUGAUGGCUACGUUGGGCGAUUCUCAUUAA